GGUACUUAUUAUCUUCAGAGACUCAUCUGCAAGCAUGACGGUUUCCUUGGCAGGCACCUGGGUAGGAUCCGAUUCAUUGAAGAAUGCCACUAUCAUAUUGUUAACGGUUUACAAUGUACUCCAUAGUGUACUUAUCACAGGAACUGUUGGACUGGUAGAUAAUAAUAACCCAUUUUCGGAAGUUUGGUUGCUGGUAACAGUAGAUUGGAUUUUGUUCUCGAUCUCAGUCCAGGUAACGCCACAAGCAACCAGGCACGUUGUUCUAUUUCCCCAUUGGGAUCUAAUCUCCCAAUCCAGAGAGGAUUGACUGACAUCCGCAAAUGAUCAUCCCUCCUUUCCGAUAGCCACCGAUCAAUCAUCAAUCAGUCUCUCAGGACUGGAUUUGGGUCUCUCUGCCCCGACUCACCGACCCUCGACUCUCUGACGGACCCCCCAAAUCGACCCAAAGGGCCAAAUGAGCCGUGUAUGGUAAGUUGCGAGGUGUCGUGUAGAAUUGAGUAGCUGAGGGUCCACUGAUUGUCCUGGGUUUGAAAGGGACAAGAAGGCAAAGGGAGAUCACUUCCCAGUUGUUAUCAGUUCCUGUCUGGAAUAGAUCAUAGCAUCAUAUUAGCAUGAGAUGGAUGUCGAGAGGUACAUAUACCCAAAAGGGAUUUGAUGACGACUCCUCAGGGUCUUCGAGGACAAGCUUUGCCUCUUGCUUACUUUUUCUGCACUAAGAUUGUU